GAAGAAGCAAUUGUGGAUUGUGUUGCGUUUUUUUAUGAGGAGGGUAGAGGCGGCGAGAAUUUUCGAAAGAAAAACAAGUUUAGAUGUAAAGUGAAAAGGGAAGAGAGAAGCCUGCAGAAGCUUAAGAAUAGUGUUUGGUAAGUCAAUCGACAAUCAUUAAUGUCAUUAUAUUUACAUUACAAUAGCUUAAUCACUAUAGUGUAUCCCAUACAUAAAGUUCGUUUACGAAGACUUAAUGUCCCUAAUAGUCCUAAUAUAUUGAGAAGACGCAAUAUCUAAGCGUACAAGAUCGAAGAGAGGUUAAGAGACUGUUCAGAGGGUAAUCAAACACAUUGCUGGUCAUAUCGGUAAUUAAAAAACCUCUCCAUGACCAACAUCUCUUUGUACCAGUCACGUCAGUCGCUUUUGUCUUGUAUUGUUAGACUUCUUAGGGUCCUUUGGCUUUCUUUUCGCCGAUCAACCUAACAAUGUUGAGUUGGCCUUGCCAAAGAACCUCGUGUUAUUAGAUUUUAAGAUUUUGAUAAAGACGCUACUCUGUUUAAUAUUGUGGUUUCCGUUGUCUUUUUUUCAUAGUGAAUUUGCUGGUCUUCGGGAAACCGCAAAGAACUUAGGGCUUGGUGGUAUGAUUGAAGUACAGCUGAACAGGUAUGCAAUUUUCUAAAUAACCAUUGGCAUGGCUGUUCUCAAACAGUAACUAAACAAAACAUCAAGACCAUCAAGAUUGCUGGUUUUAUCAUUAAAAGAGGUCUUAAAAAGACCGAGAAAUCAGAACGUGUUCGGGACUCAAAAACAGAAAAAAGGACGUAAGCAAAAUAAAUAUCAUUAAACAGGUGAAAGUAUUGGAAAAUAUGCAUAUAUCAUGGCUAUUCCAAAAAAGAAAUAUGUUCUGAAUGAUCUAAUCGACCUAUCAAAUCACCAGAGAAACAAACACCAGUGGAAGAACAGAGCGCAUAGCCAUCGAGACAGAUCUUCAGUUGGCCCUGGAACUACCAGACAUUGUUAAUGGAAAAGAUAGACUGCAAAGUAAGCAAACAUGUCUUUAUUUUAAAAACGUGGUACUGAAUAAUACAAGGCUUAUAGCUGUGUUUCAUGUAUUAGCGAGUUCCAUGUAUAAACUGUGUUAAUUUUCUCCCUCGACGUCUUACUAUGAAACCGUGCGGUAACUUAGUCAUGUCUCUACAAAAACAGUAAACUCUGUACAAUUAAUGGGAUGGGGACUAGGAAGACUAGCAGACAUUCUAGGGGAGUAUGACUACAAAGCGCUUGAUCUUUUAAGCUGUAUGACUUUAGACGUUGAAAAUUGCCACGCCACUAUUCAUUCCAAGAAAGUGAACAUGUCUAAGCUCGAAUAUGCUAGGUCGUUUGGUGCAACAAUGAAGGAGAGCGUCAAACAUGCUACAAGCUGGGCUGGGUACUAUCACACCAGUCGAAGGUCCUGGUACCCAAAGCCCGACAACGGUGUCUCUUCAUAACGUACCGCUGAUGAUGCCUCUGUCUGUUGUCAGCCUUCCUGCAAAUGACUGUGACCUCUUACGCAACUGGGCCUCAGGAUAUGGUGCUGCAGUAAGACAAAGGACAGUGUGGCAGGAAACUACAAUGGCUAAGCACGGAACAUUGCCAGAGUAUCUUUAUCAACGCCAUCUCGAAGUUGGUGAUAAGGUUAAUCUGAACUUCGGAGUUGAUUAAGAUGAAGGACCUCAUGAAGAUCUGAACGAGCAUGAAGUGAGUGAGGAAGCUAGUGUCUCUAGCGAAGGCCAGCAAGAAUUUGAUGAAAGUAGUGACGAAGAAGUUGAAGUCAGUGCAGAUGACAACAAUUCUCAGGGCCAGCAAGAUGAAUUAGGGGCAUCGACGAAUUUUCUCUUUGGUGCAAGGUCGCGAUAUGGAAGGGCAGUGAGGUUCAAUAAUCGACUGCUGUUUUGA